AUGGCGUCACAAGUUCGACUUAGUAGAAAAAACACCAGAAGAGAGGAAGACGACGACGACAAGCAGAAGAGAAGAGAAGAAGAAGAAGUGAAUCUCAAUUUGAUAGCUGCAGAGCCGAGACGGAGAACAAGCACUCCGAAGAAAGCCACGGGCCUGAACCCUGAGUCGCCGACGACCGCUCGCCCGCUGGACUUUGACGACGAGCCGCAGGAGACGGGCCUGACAUCCGCCAACACCGCCAGCCGAUCGUCCUCGCAGCUCAACCUGGCCGCGAACAUGCAGAACCAGAGCCAGAGCCAGGGACAGCCACGAGCACCGAAUCCGUACCAGAGGAUAAUAGACGACCUCAAGGAGGCGUUCCCCAACAUCGACGCGCCUGUGAUAAAAGCGGUGGUGGUAGCGAGUGAUGGAAACGUCGAGCGGGCAUUCAAUGCAUUGCUGGUGGUGCGCGCAGGCAUGUCUGAUCCGGAUGCACAGGAGGAAGUACGGCCGGCGGUGCCCCCUCGACCGAGCGCUGGCGGGGUAGCUACGUCGACGACGCAGAGCCAGCUGGAGGACGACGAACGGUAUGCGCGCCAGCUGGCCGAGCACUACAGUGGCGCGGACCAGAGACGAGGGUACCAGCAGCAGCCGUCGUCGUCGAUAUGGGACCACGGCCCGGCGUCGGGGCAGAGGGGCCAGGGGCUGAAGCCGAACGAGCUCUACGAUAAGGAACACAGCUUCCUUGACGACGACCUGCCGAUUAUCAAGGAGAAUAUCCGCAAGGGGUUCCUGGAGACGCAGUCGCGGGUGAACAGCUGGGUGGAGAACUUCAAGAGACGGCUUGACGGGGAGGAGUCUGACGAGGACGCGCAGUACGGCCACAGCCAGAGACAGUAUGGGCAGAGACAGCAGCAGCAGCAGCAUCAGCAGCAGUACGGCUAUCCGAACCGCCGCAGCGUGGACCGCGAGAGAUACGAUGCCGAUCCGCAUGUCCUGGGCGACGACUUUUCCUCUCUUGAGCUACGAGACAACGAGGUGCCUCCGCCUCGGCCUCCACGCCCGCAGGCCAACCCGGACCUGUUCAAGAGCAAGAGCGCCUCUGCCUCGCCCGACCGACGCAAGGUAUCCUUCCAGGAGGGCCCGCCCGAAGAGAUCCAGGACUCGUUCUCUGCCAACGCCAGCAGCAACAUCAACAACAACAACAAUAACAACAACACCAGCGGCACCUCCAACAAUAACGCGAAUGCCAGUGCCGGCACCCGCAGCACGGCCAACAAGUCGAGCAAGUGGCAGCCGCUGUCGACCGUGGAGCCGUCUCCCGUGGCAGACAACGACCCGUUCAGCCUGGGAGACAGCGAUGACGAGCGGGAGAGCAAGGCAAAGGAGGUCAAGGGCGAGGAUGCUGCGAAGAAGGCCGAGAAGACGAGUACAUAG